AUGGUCGAAAUGGCUUCAAAAAAGGAUCAGAAAGAUGAGCCGAUAAAAAUAAACAAAUGGGAUGGAGCAGCUGUGAAAAACGCACUGGAUGAUGCUGUUAAAGAAGUAUUAACUAAAAAAUACAAUUACAUUGAAAAUUUCACCCUGCUUGACAUCCGUCUAGCUAUUUGUGGUAUUGCUGUUGGAGUUGCUGGAGUUGCGCUCUUCUGGGACUGGUUCCAUCCUUUCCCGGCGUCGAGACAUGUCUUGGUGAUGGGAGUUUCUGCUUACUUCGUUCUGAUGACUAUUCUUCAUAUUUAUACUACUUACAAAGAAAAAGGAAUAUUUGUCGUUGCUGUUCAAAGAGAUCCAGCUGGCUUUGACCCCGACUACGUCUGGGAAGCGAGCUCGUACCUCAAGAAGUACGAUGACAAGUACAACUUAACUUUCUCUGUGAAAAAUGAGGCUACUGGUUCAGUAAACGAGGCUACAGUGAUCAAGUCCGUCGCGAAUUUCAUCGACGUCAACGGGGUGGUGUGCCUCGACCUCGUGGACAACUUCAUAGCUAGCUUACACGAUAGCCUUGUGGCUCAACGCAAAGACAAGUAG